GGACUUUGUAGCAGCCUCCGAAAAAGUACAUUCAGGAGCUWGUCAGAGUGGCAAUGGCGCCAAGAUAAAUUCAACUUUUGAUGAAUUGUUUCAAACGCAUCACCUCUAUAUUUCACCCGAGACAGCAACAGGAUCAAUAGCAUACAGUGAAAUGCUCGACAAAACCACGAAAGACGCUAUAAUGGAAAGACUCUUGUUCAAAAMCCGCCUUCCAAAAACGAUGAAGGACGCAUUGAAUGACGAACGCCCUAUCGUCGUCACAACUGUCGAAUCACCUACRCGUGUWGUCGAUGUGAAUUGUGCAUGGGAACGUCUUUGUGGAUAUCGUCGCGACGAAGCUAUCGGACGGGAUGUUGCAAGUCUUCUGCAGGGUCCCGAGACCGACAUCGAAAAGGCGAACGACAMAGUUCGUUUGUUACGGGAAAAUGGAUUCUCGGAGAUGAUUCUUAUUAACUACACCAAAACCGGUCGCAAGUUUGAGAAUCAUCUGAAAAUAGGAGUGAUGUCAGCCAACCAUAAUAGCAAUGCCACCUCCUCUUCCGAACAAGCCUACUUUGUCGGGGUAUUGCAAGAAGUGAAUGGUAAAAACGAGAAUAGGGCUCCGCUGGAAUAAAAGCGAACUCGGAUAAGCKUGCACUACMUAUUAACAGUGUCUUCCUUUGUGCUUGAUUAUAAUUAGGAAUGCUUUUGUCAAAAAAGAAGAAACGAUACAUUAUUUUUAUAAAAUCAAAUUUGUGUG